GACUGGAAUCAUUCGAGUGGUCUAAAAAAGCAGCCUUCUUCCCCUCCAACAUCUACAAAGCAGAUUCAUGUGGUGUCUCCACCUCCACCCUUCCCACUCCCACCCUUCUCUGCAAUUUCUUCUCCGGCGAGCUCCGGACCCGACCUUCCCUGGCAUAAAAAGUGGAUCGGGGAGGGAGUGGUGUCAACACCGAGAUGACAGACGGUGACAAACACAGUGAGGAACUUGCAGCCCUGGAGAAGGCGUUGCUCGAUGAAACCGUGGGUCCAAUUGAUAUACCUUUCUCGCUUCUCAAGUCCAUCACAGGGAAUUUCUCGGAAGCUCAAGAAAUCAGCAGGGGCGGGUUUGGGGUUGUUUACAAGGGAGUGCUUCCGAGUGGUCGCACAGUUGCUGUGAAGAAGCUCUUUGAGAGGUACGAGAUCCUGGACAAGAAUUUUGAGAGCGAGGUCGCAUGUCUCGUGGGGAUCAAGCACAAAAACAUGGUACGAUUUCUUGGGUACUGCUCUGAGACGCAACAUGUAGUGAAGCCAUACGACGGAAAACUUGUAUGGGCAGAUGUGCGGCAGAGGCUACUCUGUUUCGUGUACCUGCCAGGGUGCCUUGCUGACUAUCUCUCAGAUGCAUCUUGUCAACCUCAGUGGACCAGACGUUAUCAAAUAAUCAAGGGGAUCUGUGAGGGUGUAUAUUAUCUUCACCAACUGCGUAUUAUUCACAUGGACCUCAAACCUCAGAAUGUAUUACUGGAUGAUCACAUGGUGUCCAGAAUUGCUGAUUUCGGUCUAUCACGACGCUUAAGUGGAAGCCAGAGUCGGGCUAUUACUGAGAACAAGCUUGGGACAUUGGGAUAUAUGGCACCAGAGUUCAUACAUAACGGAGAAAUCACCUUCAAAACAGACAUAUAUAGUUUGGGUGUUAUAAUUAUGGAGAUAAUUAUGGGACAUAAGGGAUGCUCGGAUGUAAACGAGGUAAUUAUACUAUAUAUGGGGUUCCAUGAAAAACAUUGUAUACAUCAGAAACCACAAUUUUGUUAAACAAGAAUGCAAGAA